AUGUCUGCCUCUCUACCAGGAAACCGGGAACCGCCCGAGUCACAAUAUGACUUAAGCACGUAUUGGGGUCGCGUCAAGCAGACUGCCACUAUUACAGAUCCAAGAACACUCUUUGCUGGACAACAUGGCCUCGAUCAUGCCAAAAAGCUACUGGUCGCAUACAAACAAGGUGAAAUCAGGGAUAUGACACCAGAGCUAUGGAAGGCCAAGAAGAUUGUCGACUCUACAUUACAUCCUGAUACUGGAGAGCCGGUUCUUCUGCCCUUCCGCAUGUCAUGUUUUUGCCUGUCCAACCUGGUCGUCACCGUUGGAAUGCUCACACCGGGACUUCAGACCACCGGAACAGUCCUCUGGCAAAUCACCAACCAAUCCCUCAACGUCGCCAUCAAUUACGCGAACGCGAACAAGUCCACACCGCUAUCGUACUCGAAGAUCGCGCAAUCCUACUUCUUAGCCGUUGGCGCAUCGUGCUCGGUCGCGCUCGGCCUAAACGCUAUAGUCCCGCGGCUCAAGCGCGUCUCGCCCGCCGCAAAGCUCGUGCUCGGCCGGCUCGUCCCGUUCGCAGCCGUCGCGUCCGCGGGCGUGCUAAACGUGUUCCUCAUGCGCGGCGAAGAAAUGCGCACGGGUAUCGACGUCUUCCCCGUUCUCUCCGAGGCCGACAAGGCGCGUCUGGCGAAAGAGGGCAAGGCGGAGAGCGAGGUCCCUAGCUUGGGGAAGAGCAGGAAGGCGGCGACUCUUGCGGUUGGAGAGACGGCUCUAAGUCGUGUGUUUAACUGCACCCCUAUUAUGGUCGUCCCGCCCCUGCUGCUUGUGCGCCUCCAGCGCACGGAGUGGUUGAAGCGGAAUCCUCGCUAUACUAUGCCGAUUAACGUCGGCCUCAUUCUGGGCAUGAGCUACCUUGCGCUGCCGUUUGCGCUGGCGGCGUUCCCCCAGAGACAGAGGAUUGGUGCGGAUCGGCUGGAGGAGGAGUUUCAUGGGCGUGGAGGGGAGGGCGGGUUGGUGGUUUUUAAUCGUGGGAUUUAG